AUGGCGGACAAACUUCACUAAAUUUACUUUAAUCUUUGUGAUAAUUUAAAAUGGUUUUGACUAAAUCUUACCUGCGAUACGAGCCCACAGGCUGUUUUGGUCUYGUUGGGAGCCUUAAGGCUAAUGUUUUGUUUGUGGAAGGGAAAGUUUUAGGCUUGAAAUCMAGCGUUCAACUUGCAGUUGUCCCUGCACUUGAAGAUGUGUUUAUUUGGGACACAAAGAAAGAAGAAAAGGUUAGAGUUUUGAAAGGAAGCAAAUGGGAAGUUACAGCAAUGGCUAUCAGUGCUGACCAACAGAGCCUAGCAGUUGGGUAUGAAGAUGGUAGUAUAAAAAUUUGGAAACUUUCAGAUGGAACUUCACAGGUUACUUUGAGUGGACAUAGAUCAGCUGUUUCUGUUUUACAGUUUGACCAUUCUUGUGGGCUGUUAGCRUCAGGAGGAAGGGAUACCGAUGUUAUAUUAUGGGAUGUUAUUAAUGAAUCAGGUUUAUACAGACUGCAUGGUCAUAAGGGCAUGGUAACUCAAUGCCGCUUUCUAAAGAAGAAAAAUGUUCUUGUGACGAGUUCAAAGGACAUGUUGGUAAAGAUGUGGGAUCUUGAUACUCAACACUGUUUCUUGACAUUGGUUGGUCACAGAAGUGAGGUAUGGGGAUUUGUCAUUGCAAGUAAUGAAUCAAGACUGAUUACUGGUUGUGGCGACAGUGAGUUAAGGGUGUGGAAGAUCAGUUACCCUGCCAACACACAGGAUGCUCCAGCAUCAGAACUUGGUGCUAAGCGAUCAGCAAUUGAYGCUGACUUGGAAAAUGAGUCAGAUGUUUUGCAGAGUGAUAAACAGGAGAGUCAGCCAGUUACAUGUGAACUUCUUGGCUCAGUAAUUCGCCAGAGUCGAGCUAGAGUCACCUCAUUACAUUCUUCCAASUCAGGUCAAAUACUUGGUUGUUUGGGAAAUGAUUCCCAACUAGAGUUGUUUAGAAUUACCACGGAAGAAGAAAUCAACAAAUCGUUACAGAAAAGAAUGAAAAGAGCCAGGAAAAAACAAAGAAAAGAAGCCACUGACCCAGAGAAAGCAAAGGUUUAUAUCGAAAUUUGAUUUUUAAAUUUGAUUUUCCUUCUUUACUGC